CACAGCAACACCAUAGUGUUCCUACAGAGAAACAGAGCCAUCCUCUGGGUUAGGGUUUGCAUUUUGCAAAGGGAAAGAUGGGGAGGAUGAUAUUGAAUAAUGCGUUGAGGUCAAUAGUGAACGCGGAGAGAAGAGGAAAAGCCACUGUGGAAUUGCAACCUAUCUCCACAGUCAUGUCUUCUUUCCUCAAAAUCAUGAAACAUCGAGGUUAUAUCAAGGAUUUUGAAGUUUUUGAUCCGCAUAGAGUGGGGAGGAUAACAGUUCAACUACAAGGCAGGGUUAACGAUUGUCGAGCUCUCACUUACAGGCAGGAUGUCAAGGCAAAGGAUAUUGAGGAGUACAAAUUCCGUACGCUUCCAACGCGCCAGUGGGGUUAUGUUGUGAUCACAACUCCAGAUGGUGUCUUGGAUCAUGAGCAGGCUAUUCAACGUAAUGUGGGUGGUCAAGUUCUUGGCUAUUUUCAUUAACAUCCUGUGGAUGAGAAGAGUUUUCCUAGUCGUCUAUGAUGAGAACCUGACUUCACCAAUGAGAUAUGUGUUGUUUGGUUGACUUUAAAAAUCAAUCUGUGUGAAUCUUGUGUACUGAUGAUUUAGAUCAAUGGAAGAACAUGAUCUUGGUUUCUCCUCUUCAAAACCCGUACAUAAUCACUUAUUGUUGCAUAGAAACAGGACAGAGAAUGGUUAUAUUUGAAUCUAAUGAAUUGGAGAGCAUGCAAUGUGAGAAUGAGACAUAAGUUGGAAAGCAAAAAAAAAAAUUGUUGGACUGCA